AUGAAAACAUAAUUUACUCAUAUACCUAUCUUUCUAAAAGACAAAGAAAUAAAUGAAAAUGCAUAAACACUUAAAAUAAGCAAUAAAAAUAUCAAUAUUUGGCCUAAUGAUAUACCUUACAAAUUACUUAAUCUUGAUUUAAGUGGAAAUCGUUUUUAAACUAUCCCACAUCAAAUCAAUUUUAUAUGUCACUUAUAAAAACUUGUAUUACGAGACAACUAUAUUGAUAAUCUUGAAACAUCUUUAAAUCUUCCUUAACUCUUUUAUUUAGAUCUUAGUUAUAAUUACAUAAGUAAUUCUCAUUUCACUAUUAAGGAAAGUUAUCUUCCAGUCUUAUUAAAUUGAAUUCCUUACAUCAUUUAAAUUUGAAUUCUAAUUUGAUUGAUGAAUUACCUCGCCAACUCUUUGAUUUAUAAUUGUAUUUCUUAGGUAUUGCAAAGAAUGCUUUUAUUAUGAUUCCAUAAGAGAUUUGUAAAAUAAUUAAAAAGUUAGAACAAUUUGAAUUGGAUUGGUUAAAUUACUGUAAUUUAUAAUACUUUAUGGAUGAACAAUUAUCUUAUAAAUUACUGAAUGUCUUCUCUAAUGAUUGCACAUUUUAGUAAUUUUAUUAAUUCUUUAUGAAAUCCUAAUUCUCAUAUAAUCUAGAAAAAUUACUAAAUAAUCAUUCAUUAGGAAUAUUAAGAUUAACUUUUGAAUUUCAAUAAGAAAUUUCUAUGAAGAGUUUAAUUUUUAUUGUUUCUUAACCUGGAACUAAAGAAAAUAUUAAAUUUAUAACUUAUUUAUUAGAUCUCUUAAAUUAAUAUGAUACAGAGUUAUUAAAUGUUAUAUUUACUUUAAGUGCAAGAAUUAAUUCAACUUAUAUUAUAUAAAUACUAUCAAAUUAUGUAAUUAAUUUACAUUAUCAAAUCAAAUUUGACUUAAUAUGUAAUAAAAAAAUUCUAAUUCUAAAGAAUUAAACACCAUAUACUACAUUAUUAUAACACAGUAAUAAUAUUGAUACAAUAAUGGAAUCUUGGGUUUUAAAAGGUUUUAAUCCUCAAAUUAAAUAUUAAGGAGAGAAUUGUUUACAUAUAGCUAUUUAAUAAAAUAAUUAUGAAGGUGUGAUGUGGGCAUUACAACAUUGUAAUGUAGAUUAAAGAGAGAGUAUUCAUAAAAAUACUGCUUUGCAUAUUAUAUUUUAGAGAUAACAAUCAGUUGAUAUAUUUUAUUUAUUAGAAAAUAAUAAAGCUAAUCCUUUUAUUGUGAAUCGCUAUAAUAAAAUUCCACGUUUUUAUCAAACUUAGAUGAUUUAAUUAAGAUUUGUCAAAUUGUUUAUAAAAUAUGAACAAUCUUAUUUAAAAUUUCAUUUCUUAACAUACAAUUCUAAUAAAUUUCAUGGUAUGAUUACUUAAGGAAGUAGAUCAAAUGCUAGAUAAGAUUGUGAAAUUUCAGCUAUAAAUACAACUGAUAUGAGUAUUUUAACUGGAGAAUAAUUACUUGAAUAUUUAUUGAGUGAUAUUUUAAAGAUAUUAAGAUCAUCAAAAUAACUAUAAUUAAUUAUUGAAAAGAUUAAUCUACUAUUAAGUACUCCCUUAGAUUUAUAAGCAAGAAUAUGUUUAUAAUCCAUAUUGUAACUCUUACUUUGUAAAGCUAAGUAUGGAUGGAUAUAUAAAUCUACUAUUUUGCCUUAAAUAAUUACUGAAAUCAAUUUAUUAUUCAAACAUAAAUUCUAUUUAGAAAAAAGAAUAUUUAUUAAUUAAGAUAUUUAAUAAAUAAUAGAAAACAGAAAAUUAAUAAUCAAUUAAAUCAAAUUAGAAUAGGAGAAACCUGAAUAAGAUCAUCUUAAUAAUUUAUCUUAAAGACUUAAGUUAAACAUAUCUAAUAUAAUUGAUUCUUAAAUUUAUGCAAGAUUUCAUGAAUAAUAUGUUUACAAUUAUAUCAAUAUUGUUUAUCUAGGGAAAUAUAUGAAAAAGAAUAAACAGAAUGAUAUAAAUAUCUUAAACUAAUAUGAAACUUUAUAAUUUAAAUAUAUGUUGAUUGAAGAAUAAAUAGAUAUUCCAGAAAGUCCAAGAAGUACUCUUCUUGAAAAAAUGAAAUAAGUUUCAGUUUUGGAUACUAAAUUCAAAGAUUUUUCAAAUUUAAGAUCAAAGUCAUAAAUGGAAAUGUGA